AGAAAACACGAAUCGUAAGAAAUUUGACGAUUCUGACUUUUUGAGGCGCAAACACCUGUGCAUCGCCGCCCAUGAAGGUCAUUGCGCGCAAGUCCGACUGAGCAGGGCAUUGGCUUGAACGGGUCUGACGCAUACUCUCAGGGCACGCAUUCAGGACAUCAUCCCAGUCGAGGCACAUCAGGACAAGUCUUAGGCUGAGGACUUCAGCACCCCGCGCCAUGCACGGCCUGUGGCUCAGCAUCACCCUGCUGGCAGUGAUGUCAGCGGAUGCCUCAGGCGCAGCCUAUGACUCACCCACCACAGGCUUUGCCACCCAGUACGGCGGCAGACAGGACAGGAGCGAUCCGAACACGCCCAUUUACGGGCUAAUUGACGGCGCAUGCGGUUACGGGGCCAUCCCGCGGACAUCUUGGCCGUACUGGCAGGUGGCGGCUCUGGGAUUCUCCAACUCUGUGUCAGCAUCUGGCAGCCCCCAGAAGUGGGGCUGCGGCGCCUGCAUCCAAGUCACCUGCACCGGCUCGGGCUGCACUAGCAAAGCCCCUUUUGUGGUGCUCGUGACUGACACCUGCAAGGCAUGCGCGGCCAACCAGAUCAACAUCAAUGCUCUCACCUACGAGAAGUACAUCUCAGCGACCAACGGCCAGAUGGCAAUCAGCUGGCAGAAGGUGCCAUGUGCUCCCACCGGCAACAUUGUUGCCAGAGUGACUGCUGCUUCAGGGUCCUACCUGCGCCUCGUGCUCACUCAGGUGGGUGGCAGCGACGGAGUGAAGUCUGUGGAGGUCAGCAAAUCGGGAUCUGGCAGCUGGAUUAAGAUGGACUCUGCCUGGGGAGCCAAUUGGCAAACAAGCUCAGCCCCAGCACCCCCUCUAGAUCUUCGCAUCACACCCAACGACGGGAGCGCGCCCCUUGUUGCCACGGGGGCCAUCACCGCUGCCGCACCGGGGGACUAUGACACAGGAGUGCAGCUCGGAUUCCCGGCAGCCGCCGCGGCAAACGCAACAGCCGCGGCGCCGGAUGCGGCAGGCAACGCCACUGCACCGCUCCUGGGCCCCCCGGUGGGCCCCCAGCAGAUCCCGACGGUGGCCGCCGCCAACGCCACCGCAGCGCCCGUAAACGCCACCGCUGCGCCUGUGAACGCCACUGCGGCGCCCGUAAAGGUCCCGGCUGCGGCCGCUGCGCCGGUGGCGGCUGCGAAUGGGACCGUCGUCCCUGUUGUCGCCGCAGUGCCGGCAGCCCCGGCUGCUGCCAACUUCACAACGCUGACCUUUCCAGCAUCAGGUGCAGCGCAAACCCCCCAGGCUGCCAAGCCGGCGUCCGCCGGACAGCCAGUCAGCCAGCCUCCUGCUGUAUUGGCAGCUGCCGUGCCAACAGCCGCCGUGGCUGUUGCUGCCGUACCCACCAAAGCGGCUGUUCCUGCAGCAUCCACCCCUGCAUCGGGUGCUGUGAGCGCGUUCAGCACCCCCGCCGUGGCACCUCGGGUGCAGGCAACGCCCCCGGCGACAGUCCCCGCGCCACAACAGGCGACGCCGGCUGCCGCGCCUGUUCUGGCGACCCCCGUGGCCGCGCCGGCAACGCCCCCGGUGACCGUGCCCGCGCCUGUUCAGGCGACGCCUCCCAGCACACCCGCUGCAGUCCCCUCUUCAGCGGCGGCAGAGGCACCGGCAGCUUCAUCCAGCACCCCAGCUUCCCCGCCGCAGGCAGCUGCCAUCUCCACCGGCAGCGCACCUGCUCCCGUGGCUCAAGCGUCGGGCAAUGCGAACCAGCCCUUCUCGCUGAAUUUCGACCGGACGGCGGCGAAUGUGACGGGAGGGAACGCUGCCGCAGCGCCCAGCAUCGACUCAGCGGUGGAGAAUAUCCUCAACCCCAAAGUGACCUAUAAUUCUGGGGGCCGGAAACUUUCAUGAAAAUUUAUGCCAGUGACCGAUAAUUCCGGGGGCCGGAGGCUCUCAUGAAAGUGUUAACAUUAUGUACUUCUCUGGCCUUUGGUCAUGAGGUGGCCUAUCGGUGGGCUUACCUAACAAGAGCAUGAGAGUAUCAUACAGGCGUGUGAUUGCCUUCCAACAGCAUGUGGAGCAAAGCGGGAUGUGCAGAAAUACCUUCAGUCAAGGAUAGAAUCAUUGUGAAAUGCCUGUGGCCAGGGUGCAUACAGGCCUGAGCAUGUUCCUGGAAAAAUACUGCUAUGACGUGUUACACUCCUGGCGCUUAGCCAGCUUGGGGCCUGCCUUGUAUAUAGGGCAAGUGAAGUAGCAACUUGGUGCAGGAUAAGGCAGAGUUGAGGCAGAAUGAUGACUCAGUCACCGUUGGACAACUGAAGAAUUUUAUUCCUGUUGGCAUGGCGAUAAUCAGAAGUUCUGCAAUCUUGCCCUCCUGC